AUGUCAAUAUUAUGGUUAAAAAUCUCGGAAGGUCUGCGUUGGCAGUAUAAAACCUAUGAACAUAAAUUUAAUAACUAUCGGCGUUCAACAAAUCAAACAAUUAUUGCCAAUACAGAAUAUGGACAAGUGAGGGGCAGCAAGAGAAUAUCCAUCUAUGAUGUGCCAUAUUAUAGCUUUGAGGGCAUUCCAUAUGCCCAGCCACCGCUGGGUGAGCUCCGUUUUCGUGCUCCUCAACCGCCUAAAGCCUGGGAGGGUAUUCGAGAUUGUAGAAAUAUUAAAGACAAGGCCACACAAAUGCAUUUUCUAUUUGACUCUACAGAAGGAACUGAGGACUGCCUUUAUCUGAAUGUCUACACGAAUAAUGUUACUCCCGCCAAGCCACGACCUGUUAUGGUUUGGAUACAUGGCGGAGGUUUUCAGAUUGGCGAGGCUAGUCAUGCCUGGCAUGGACCCGAUUAUUUCAUGAAAGAAGAUGUCAUUUUCAUAUCCAUACAAUUUCGCUUGGGCCCAUUAGGUUUCCUAAGUCUUAAGUCACCCGAGUUGAAUGUGCCCGGCAAUGCUGGCCUCAAGGAUCAGUUAAUGGCUUUGAAAUGGAUAAAGAAGAAUUGCUCACACUUUGGCGGCGAUCCGAAUUGCAUUACUGUAUUCGGAGAGAGUGCAGGAGGCACUUCCGUGAAUUGUUUAAUGCUUACGGAUAAAGCAAAGGGCCUUUUCCAUCGUGGCAUAUUGCAAUCUGGUUGUGCUGUGGCACCUUGGGCUUUUAAUGGUGACAUCACUCAUAGAGCUUAUCGGUUGGCCAAAGCAUCGGGCUACAAGGGUCCAGACAAUGAUAAGGAUGUGUUGGACUAUUUGCUCAAGGCCAAGGCUAAAGAUCUCAUGUAUGUGGCAGAGCAUGAUUUAAAAGAGGAAGAACGUAAUGCCAAGACAUAUUUUCUUUUUGGCCCAUCGUUGGAGCCAUAUGAAACGGCAUAUUGUAUGUUUCCUAAGCAACCUAUAGAUCUAUUGAAAAACUCUUGGGGCAAUUCAAUUCCCAUGUUGGUAGGCAAUACUUCGUAUGAGGGACUAAUCUUCAUGCCAGAGGUCAAAUUCUUCCCAUCGGUGGUCAAGCAUGUGGAUAUUGGCACUCCGUUCAUCCCAGCUGAAUUGAUGGCCACAAAACCGAGUGAGCAGCAGAUAACAAAUUGGAGUACAACAAUUCGGAAUGCAUAUCGCACCGAGAAACUUGCCACGCCUCACGACUACAUGGAGCUCUGCUCUAUGCACUAUUUCAUUUUUCCAAUGGUGCGUGUGAUCAAUGCUCGACUGUCUGAUGAAAAUAGUGCUCCCCUUUACAUCUAUCGCUAUGAUUUCGAUUCAGAGAAGAUGAUCUAUCCGUAUCGUAUUAAGCGUUUGGGUCGCGGUGUUAAGGGCGUCUGUCAUGCCGACGAUUUGGCCUAUUUGUUUGGCUCCAUGCAUGCCUAUCGCCUGCCCAAGGAGAGUCGCGAAUAUCGAAAUAUUGAACGUACAAUUGCCAUUUGGACACAGUUUGCGGCCACAGGUAAUCCAAAUACUCAGAGAAUUCCCGAAAUGGAUACGUGGCAUCCAGCAAAUAAAUCAGAUAAGAUCCUUAAAUGUCUGAACAUAAGCGAUGAUCUGAAAUUCAUAGAUAUGCCCGAGUGGCCACAUUUAAAAAUUUGGGAAAGUCUUUACGAUGGUAAUGAAGAGUUAAUACUAUCGGGAGGUAAGCUAUAGAUUCCUACCUAUUAUGUGUUUCAAUCGAAAGCAAAA